UUUCACGUCUUAUUUAUCGCGGAUUUCGUUGUUAAAAGCGAGAAGGCCAGUGUGAGGAGGAUGCUGUCAGUGUCACUCAUCUAUACCGGACAAUUUACUUGUUAGAAAGAACGUGGAAAUUGACAACUCUGAAACAGUUGCUAGUGGAUUUUUACGCAUUUUUCGUAUCGCUUCUAUUCUACUUUCAAAAUCAUAUUUUGGUCUUCUGAGAUCCACCCGGACACUCCGUUUCCACUGAGCCGCAAUGUGUGCGCGCCUGCCGGCGUGGCUGUGCCUGCUGCUCGGCCUCCUGCCUCUGGAAAUCCAGUCCCGGGCUUUGACUCUGCAGAGCCUCUCUCACAGACACAGGUUGAGUUUACCCAGAACAUACAAAUACCCAAAGUCUUCUCACACCACCAUCAUGCCUAUUGUGUCUGAUCUCACUGUUGCCACUGACAACCACAUCACCCAGGGAGACAGAAAUAUCAUCUGGAGGGCCCUGCUGCACAAAGAGCCCCCGCCAAGGUUGUCUGACCCGUUGCUUGACCAAAGCGACAGAAUGCUGCAGGAAGCACCGGCCUGGCAGCGUGGGUCACGGGGUCGUCGUCAUGCCAUCAUUGGCGGUGGGAGGGGCCACAGCCACUUGAUGAGGGUGGGGUGUGUCCUGGGCACUUGUCAGGUUCAGAACCUCAGCCACCGUCUCUACCAGCUGAUUGGACAGAGCGGGAGGGAGGACUCCUCCCCCAUUAAUCCUCGCAGUCCUCACAGUUAUGGCUAAAACCACACCUCAAAUCCAGCACAGACGCCUUUAUUGACACAUGUUGGCAAGUUAGUAACCCAGGUUCUUUGUUGCAUCAUUGACACGAUUAGAGCCGGAAAUAAGGCUUUGAAGUCAGACUGUUCCCAGAUCUCAGCAAUUAUUUAGAUGGGUACAAUCAUAACCUAUAUGUAUGAUGGUCAACACUACAAAAAUAAGUUAUGAUAAACCAGAAUUUCUUCAUCAUUGAACAUUAUGGCAUUCAGUGCUGGCCACCACCAGUUUACUUCAGUGACACUAGAGUCCUUGGUGUUUUGGCAUUUAUACAAUAAUAACCAUUUAGAGAGUAUAUUAUGUGGAAGGAAAACUGUGAACAAGAGAGUUCUCAGUCAAACUGGCCUACCCGACUAAUGUCUGCUAUCGUCAUCAGUGGUGAUCCUGCUGAUCUGAACUUACCUGAGCUCCGAGCUAAUCCAGCCUGCCUCUCAAAAGCACCUUCAUCUCCCUCUGCGAACAAGUAGCUUUACUUUGGUGCAAACAUAAACCAAAAAUAACCUCCAAUCAAACCCAAUUAACCCUUCACCCAAACCCCACAGUGUGCACAAUCAGCCAAAAUAACCGCUAACCCUAAUCCAUGAUCUGUCUGUGCACUUCUUAACGGACAGCUUGUCUCCAGUGUCUUAGCAAGUAAACCAGAGAGAGGACAGCUAUGCUAUAGGGUGCUUUUUACCUGUGAAGUGUAAAUUGGUGUUGCGUUAUGUUUAAUUUUGCCAGUAUAAAUUGUGUUUUUGAGCCUUAAUUGAGUUAAUCAUUUGUAAAGCCUUAUAGUCCUUUGCCUUUAUCCUGUCCAAAUUAAGCAUCACAGUGAAUGUUGACUAUCAAAGUGAUAUUUAAAGCUUUAUAGUCUUCUGCUUUUCUAUGUGUGUAAGCUCAGCAUAACUCCAGUUUCAGUAGGUGCUCUUACAGGUCAAAUGUUGAUAUGAAUGCAUGAAAGCACUUUAUCCUCCUUUAUAUUCAUUAUGACUUGAAUUUUAAAAUGUGUUAUUUACUUUUAAAUUAAUGAAACCAUUUUGCUGUAAAUACUCCACUUUACUAAAUCUUCAUGUUCAUGUGAGAGCCCCUUCAAGGUACAAGUGUCCUUCUGUAAACCCUCUGUGAUGCUUUCAUCUAAUACUUUGUUUUUACAACAGCAGCGUUGUAAUAAAACUCCAGUCAAACUU